GGAAUUAUUUCAAAACACACCAGCCUGUUCUCAUAGGAGAGAACCCGUAUGAUUGCUCACAGUGCGGGAUGGAUUUUAUCGACAUGAGGACGUUUAGAAAACACCAGCGCAUUCACACAGGAGAGUCUCUACAGAUGCUCAGAGUGUGGGAAGAGUUCAGUCAAAAAAAGAAGACAUUGCAGAGCGGGAGGAACGAUUGUUCGAUGGUUCCGGUUGUGACUCGGACACGAUGUGAACGCGCACAGGUUUAGUGUGUGAGUGUGAAGUAUAUAAAUGUCAACCUUUUUGCAAGUCUUGUCUUGCUCUUUGCGUCCAGCCCAAAUUCACUUCCACAAAUGUAUCAGAACAUACCACCCCGAGAAGAAGGUCAGGCAGAGGAAGUCAAGGAAGAACAGCGAGUGUCUCCUGGUGAUCUCCUUCCCAACAGAAAGACAUGGAUGAGCAGAAAACCCCCUACUCACCACUGUCCACAGUGUGGUAAGAAUUUUACUCAACACAUAGGUCUCCAGCGACACCUGCUCAUUCACACAGGAGAGAAGCCGCACGUCUGCUUGCAGUGUGGGAAGAGUUUCACUCAGCAGGGUCAUCUCCAGCACCACAUGGUCACUCACACAGGAGCGAAGCCGUACGACUGCCCACAGUGUGGGAAGAGUUUUGCACAAAAGCACAGCCUCCAAAAGCACCAGCUCACUCACACAGGAGAGAAGCCGUACAAGUGCCCAGAGUGUGGGAAGAGAUUUAGUGACCGAAGUUCUUUCAAAACACACCAGCACAUUCACACAGGAGAGAAACCGCACGACUGUUUGCAUUGUGGAAUGAGAUUUAUUGACUUGCGUACACUUAAAAAACACCAGCGCAUCCACACAGGCGAGAGCUUGUAUUACUGCUCAGAGUGCGGGAAGAGUUUUAAUCACGUGACUAACUUUAAAAUGCACCAGCGCACUCACACAGGAGAGAAACCGUAUCAGUGCUCAGAGUGCGGGAAGAGUUUUAAUCAGGAGAGCAAUUUCAAGACACACCAGCGCAUCCACACUGGAGAGAAACCGUAUUACUGCUCACAGUGCGGGAAGAGUUUUACUCAGCGGGUUAAUCUGAAUCAACACCAGCGCCUUCAUACAGGAGAGAAGCCGUAUUACUGCUCACAGUGCGGGAAGAGCUUUGCUCAGUGGGCUAAUCUGAAUCAACACCAGCGCGUUCACACUGGAGAGAAGCCGUUUUGCUGUUCACAGUGUGGAAAGAGUUUUACUCAUAAAAAUAGUCUCCAGCAGCACCAGCGCAUUCACACAGGAGAGAGGCCGUACUGCUGUUCUCAGUGUGAGAAGAGUUUUACUCGUAAGAAUAGUCUCCUGCGGCACCAGCGCAUUCACGCAGGAGAGAUGCCCGUGAGUGCUCUUGGUGUAACUUUAAGGUCGAGCUGUGUCGGAGGUGCUGAGGGUCUCCUGCAGGAGGUGCUGAGGGUCGAGCUGUGGCGGAGAAAGACACACACUCAGCAGAUUGGUCUCCAGAGACACCUGCGCGUUCACACUGGCGAGAAGCCGUAUGACUGCCCACAGUGUGGGAAGAGAUUUACUCAAAAGCACAGUCUUCAGAAACAUGAGCUCACUCACACAGGAGAGAAGCUGUACGAGUGCCCGGAGUGUGGGAAGGGUUUUAGUGACAGAAGUUCCUUUAAAACACACUUGCACGUUCACACCGGAGAGAGAAGACCGCGUGAUUGCUCGCAGUGUGGGAAGAGCCUUGUAGACAUGCGUACCCUCAAAAAGCAUCAGCACGUUCACACAGGUGAGAAAAUCUGUUACUGCUCAGAGUGCGGGAAGAGUUUUAAUCGUGUGACUAAUUUCAAGUUGCACCAGUGUGUUCACACUGGAGAGAAACCGUAUUAUUGCUCACAGUGUGGGAAGAGCUUUAGUCAGGAGAGCAAUUUUAAAACUCAUCAGCGCAUCCACACUGGAGAGAAACUGUAUUACUGCUCACAGUGCGGGAAGAGCUUUAGUCAGGAGAGCAAUUUUAAAACUCAUCAGCGCAUCCACACUGGAGAGAAACUGUAUUACUGCUCACAGUGCGGGAAGAGUUUUACUCAGCGGAAUCAUCUUCAUCAGGACCAGUGCAGUCACCCAGGAGAGAAGCCAUACUAUUGUUCACGCUGUGGGAAGAGCUUUAAUCAGCUGAGUUAUCUUUAUCAGCACCAGCGCGUUCACACUGGAGAGAAACGUAUCCCUCCGUAUGAGUGCUCGCAGUGCAGGAAGAGUUUUAGUCAGUGGAGUCACCUCUGUCACCACCAGCGCUUUCACACAGGAGAAAAACCAUCUAACUGUUCACAAUGUGGGAAGACUUAUACUAUAAUUCUACAGAACAGUCUUCAGCGACACCUGCUCAUUCACUCAGGGGAGAAGCCGUAUCGCUGCUCUGAGUGCGGGAAGACUUUUGUUUACGAGACUCAUCUCAAAACACACCAGCGCGUCCACAAAGGAGAGAAACCAUAUCACUGUCCGCAGUGCGAGAAGAGUUUCACCCGUCAGAGCAUUCUCCGACAGCACCUGCUCAUUCACAGCGGAGAAAAGCCGUACGACUGCUCUCAGUGUGGGAAGAGAUUUACUCAGGUGGGUCAUCUCCAGCUCCACCAGCGCAUCCACACCGGAGAGAAGCCGCACUGCUGCUCAGAGUGUGGGAAGAGUUUCAUCCAUAAGAACAGCCUCCAAAAACACCAGUACAUUCACACAGGACAGAAGCCGUAUGACUGCUCUCAGUGUGGGAAGACAUUUAUUGACUCACAUACUCUCCAGCAACACCGGCGCAUCCACACCGGAGAGAAACCGUAUCACUGCUCAGAUUGCGGGAAGAGUUUCAAUCAAGUGGGUCAUCUCAAAACACACCAGCGCAUCCACACUGGAGAGAAACCGUAUAGCUGCUCGCAGUGCGGGAAGAGUUUCAGUCGGCGGGAUUAUCUCCAACAGCACCAGCGCACUCACACAGGAGAAAAGCCAUAUUACUGCUCGCUCUGCGGGAGGAGUUUUGCUCAGUGGACUAAUCUCCAGCAGCACCAGCGCAUUCACACAGGAGAGAAGCCGUAUCACUGUUCACAGUGCGGGAAAAGUUUCACUCAGAAACAUAUUCUCCAGCAGCACCUGGACAUCCACACGAGAGAGAAGAGCAUCGGUGCUCAGAGUAGGGUUGGACAGUAUGACAAUAUUGUAUUGUUAUCCUGAUAGAUUACCCUGAUCACUCCUUGCUGAUCAUAUCUUGGGUAUCAUCUGUCCAUUACUGCAAGUUUCAUUUCAGAGAGAGCGCAAUUAGUCAGCAUGUUCAUUCAUCAUCUUUACCCACUUAGUCCAGAUAGGGUCGUGGUAGCGCUUGGGAGAGCAGAGAAUCCCAGAUGAUCCUGUCCCCCUCCACUUCCUCCAGCUCAUUCUGGGGGACCCCAAGCUGCUCCCAGGCCAACUUGGAGAUAUAAUCCCUCCAGUGGGUCCUAGGACGACCCAGAGGUCCUGUCCCAGCUAACUGUGCCUGGUAAACCCCAAUGGGGAGGCAUCUGGGGGGCAUCCCGAUCAAAUGCCUGAACCACCUCAACUGACUACUUUCAAUGUAGAGGUGUAGCGGCUCUACUCUGGUUUCUGCUAUUGUUAUGAUGUCAAGCUUGCAAUAAUAGAACCCUUUUGG